UUUUAGAGAAAAUGAAUCUGAUCUCUCUCCGUGUGUGAGUUCAGGAAAAUGGCUGAGGCCAGUAUUUCAGUAGAUCAGGAUCAGUUCAUCUGUCCAGUGUGUCUGGAUCUCCUGAAGGAUCCGGUGACUAUCCCCUGUGGUCACAGUUUCUGUAAGGUGUGUAUUAAUGGACACUGGGAUCAGGAGGAUCAGAGUGGAGUUUAUAGCUGUCCUCAGUGCAGAGACACUUUCACUCCAAGGCCUGUUCUACGCAGAAACAACAUGCUGGCUGAAGUGGUGGAGAAACUGAAGAAGACUGAAGUCCAAGCUGCUUCUCCUGCUCACUGUUACACUGGACCUGGAGAUGUGGAGUGUGAUUUCUGCACCGGGAGAAAACACAAAGCCGUCAAGUCCUGUCUGAUGUGUCUGGUCUCCUUUUGUGAAACUCAUCUGAAACCUCACUAUGAAGUUCCUGCUUGGAAAAAGCACAAGUUAAUCGAAGCUUCUGGAAAUCUACAAGAGAAGAUCUGCUCUGAACAUGAUAAAGUGCUGGAGAUCUACUGUCGUACUGAUCAAAGCUUCAUCUGUUAUCUGUGUAUGAUGGAUGAACACAAAAGCCACGACACUGUCUCAGUUAAAGCCUACAGAACUGAAAAAGAGAGUGAGUUAAAGGAGGAUCAGAUGAAAUUCCAGCAGAGAAUCCAGGAGAAGCAGAAGAAGGUGCAGGAGCUGAAACAGGCUGUGAACACUAUAAAGCUCAGUGCACAGACAGCAGUAGAUGACAGUGAGAGGAUCUUUACUGAGAUGAUCAGCUCCAUGGAGAAAAAGCGCUCGGAGGUGAUGGAGCUGAUCAGAGCUCAGGAGAAGGCUGAACUGAGUCGAGCUGAACGACUCCUGGAGAAACUGGAGCAGGAGAUUGCUGAUCUUCAGAGGAGAGUCACUGAGCUGGAGCAGCUUUCACACACACAUGAUCACAUCCAUUUCCUCCAGGCUUUAGCUUCUGGACGUCAAUCUCCUCUAUUAAACAGACCAGAUUUUGACACAUCCAGCAUCACUGUCCCUCAACAUCUGUCAUUUGAUGGAGUGAGGAAUUCUCUCUCAGAUCUGAAGAAGAGACUGGAGGAAUUCUGUGAGGAGGAAUUCAACAAAAUCCCUCCACAUGCUGCAGCAGUUCAGAUCAUUUCACCACCAGAGCCACAGAGCAGAGAAGAGUUUCUGAAAUCUGCAGCAGUUCAGAUCAUUUCACCACCAGAGCCACAGAGCAGAGAAGAGUUUCUGAAAUCUGCAGCAGUUCAGAUCAUUUCACCACCAGAGCCACAGAGCAGAGAAGAUCUAUUACACUCUGCAGCAGUUCAGAUCAUUUCACCACCAGAGCCACAGAGCAGAGAAGAGUUUCUGAAAUAUUUCUGUGAUCUGACUCUGGAUCCCAACACGACACAUCAUAACCUCAUUCUGUCUGAGAAGAACAGAGUGGUGAGGGACAGUGAGAGAGAGCAGCAGUACUCUGAUCAUCCAGAGAGAUUUGACUACUACAGACAGGUGUUGUGUAAGGAGAGUGUGUGUGGACGCUGUUACUGGGAGGUGGAGUGGAGCAGUGUGUUUGGUGUGUCCAUAUCAGUCUCAUAUAAAGACAUCAGCAGGAAAGGACGUGGUAAUGAAUGUGGGUUUGGAAACAACAAUCAGUCCUGGAGUCUGUGGUGUUCUUCUUCUUCUCUCUCUUUCUAUCACAACAACAUUGAGACUGAUCUCAGAGUUCCAUCACCCUCCAGAAUAGGAGUUUAUGUGGAUCACAGUGCAGGAACUCUGUCCUUCUACAGCGUCUCUGACACCAUGAAGCUCCUCCACAGAGUCCACACCACAUUCACUCAGCCUCUAUACGCUGGAUUCAGGCUCUACUGGUGUUUAGGUUCUUCAUCUGUGAGAUUGUGUGAUCCAGAAUAAUGUGUGUAGAGUUUUGUGUAAAAUUCCUGCACAUUACCACAUUGUUACUCCAUCAUCUGUUUUACUAACACACAAUCCAGCUGCACAAAAUACAGUCAUUUUUAUUUUGUAAGAAAAACAGAUGAGUGAUUAAAAUAAAAAAAUUAAAAUGAAUGGUUUAUUAAAAACUUAAAAUUAAAAUCAAUAUUUCAUUAAAAAUUAACUGUCAGACAAGAACCUAAUAUAGUUUUAAAAAAGAAAUGAUCAAAUGAUAUCUGUAUGUAAAAUACACAUUCAUUUUUUGAAGUAUAAAGUAAAAUUGUUGAAAUUUCACUGUAAAGCAUUUAACAAUAUUUAAACUACAUUAAAUCACACAGUAGAUGAUUGGUUAAAGCGUUGUCUUGUGUUCCUUCCAUAUUCAGCCUGGAUGAUGAUUGGCUGGCAGACAGACAGAAUUUUUGCUUUCUAAAAUGCUGAUUGUCGAAUAAAUAGUUUUGUGGCUGAGUUAUGAAGAGUUUAAAGUAACUGGGAAGUUUUUUAUUCCAAUUUUAUCUGCAUUCAGAAUAUUGCUCUUUUCUGUGAUUUUUGGGAUUAAAUUGAAAUUAUUUUAUAAAUGUGUCUGAUUAGUGGAACAUUUAAGUGGAGCAUUUCUCUUUCAGACCACCAGAGGGCGCACACACCACUUCAUCACUUCACUUUUUAUUAUUUUAUUUUAAUACUCUGCAUGGACAUUUUUUUUAAAUUAAAGAGACCAAAACAAACAAACAAACAAACAACAAAAAAAAACAUGCAUCAGUUCCUCAUCCAAGUAAAACAGAAUCAAGACAUUCCUCUUCUCCAUUCAUUACACAGAUGAAAAGUGCUGAUAUAACUCUUUAUGAAAUAUACACAAGAUUGGUUUCAUUUUCAGAAAUCUGUUCUUGUGGAAAAAAUAAGUUUUCAAGAAUAUUAAUUACAUUAUUCACUAAAUCAUGUGUUCUAGCUUUUAUAGAAAUGCCAAAGAUCAUAUUUUCUCUUGCAAUAUCACAGAGAUUGUUAAAUUUAGGAAUAACCAGUAAUGCAAAUCUUCCCAAAAUGCACAGACAAAUUUACUCUAAUAAAAUAAAUGAUCUGUUGUUUCAGUUUGUUUAUAACAGAAUGUCCAGCUGUUACAGUCUAGACCAAAACAGCAUCUUAAAUGAAAUGGACUCUGAAAUGGAUUCCUUUUGCUUUGGGUGAGAUUGGAAAUCUAAAACAUUUCCAUAACAAUUAAAUCAAUGGUCUAAAUGUCAUAACAUCAUUGGAGAAAUAAUGGGAAAUUUGAAUUUUUGUUUGAGGAAAAAGGAUAAAAAUCUUUGACAAAGGUCUUCCUAAUUAUAAAACUGUGAAAUAUUGGACUAGUGAG